AUGGAUCACGAGGCGGAUGCUCACCGGACGGAUCUGAUGACGCUGACGAGACACGUUCUGAAUGAACAGUCCAAGCAUCCGGAGUCCAAGGGGGACUUCACCAUCCUUCUCAGCCACAUCGUCCUGGGAUGCAAGUUCGUCUGUUCGGCAGUCAAUAAGGUCUUCGUCCCCCCCCCCCCCUCCCCCUCCUAUUCCCUGUUUCGUACUCCCUUGCCUAUUUCGGAGAAUUGGACUGUUGUAGUUCUUCAGGUCGUGUCAAACUCCAAACGUAUAGUUUCGAGUCUCUCGGGACCAUGGAUUGAAGUGAUUGCAAGCUAUCAAGAGAUUUUAUGCUGCGCUCUUUUAGCAGGUGGAUUGAUCCAUUUCCAUGAUACAAUUCUUGCAACGGAUCGAUCGUACGAUGAUACCGAUUGCUUUCUCUUUCGUUUCCCUGCAGUUAUUCAUGAUAAGCUGUGACGAAAAAGCACGUCUGCUUUUCAACUUUAAUGAUUCUUCAUCUUCUUCUUCUUUCAAUUGAAAGAUUUCCCGCAUCUUUACUGAGUCACUGCGAGCGGGUAAUCGAGUAGGUUUUUGGAGAACUUUGAGAUCUGUCCAUCUGGGAGGGGUCACAAGAACUCUAACGAAAUUCAUGCAACAUAGUGGCACAGUAUUCAGUAGAUUACUCACUCUAGUCUCUUUCUCUGAUUCAGCUGUUCACAACGACGGUGUUUUUUUUCCCGCGACUGCGAUUUCUGUUCCGCGUUGCUUAUCACUCAUUUACUUUCUUUGAACAGGCAGGCCUCGCAAAGCUCAUCGGACUAGCCGGAGAGACCAACGUCCAAGUAUGUUUCCAUCUUUUGCUCUCAAACUAAUGAAGCCGCCUGUCAAUCGAUUUCCCACACAAUAAAUGACCCUUCCGUGCAUUUUCUCUCGGAACAAGAAGAGAAACUUCACUGAGUAAUUCAGGACAACGGUUUAGGGAAAGUACGCUCAAGCUAGACUAGUUCUUCCUCCAACUCUGAUCAAACAAGUCCGAAGUCUGUGAUGCCUGAUUGAUCAUUCUGUUUCUGACGGUGAAUUGUUCUCACACAGGGUGAGGAUCAAAAGAAACUGGACGUGCUUUCGAAUGAAGUUUUCGUCAAUGCGUUGAUCAGUAGCGGAAGGACAGUAAGUCUCUUACAAAUCGAACCGGCCGAUUCAUGCUCUCAGGAGAUUUCUCCCCGAUUUGAGGAGCAGUUUCAAGAAGAUAAUGAACAUGCCAUUUGCAGUGCAUUCUUGUUUCCGAGGAGGAUGAAAAGGCAACCUUCGUCGAUCCAUCACUACGUGGAAGGUGAUGACUGCCUCUGUUUCUCAAUGUUCUGCUAUAACCUCUCCGAUUCUAUCGAAAGCUUCUACCCUAUCUUCGGCUAACUCACUGACAGUGCAGGUACUGCGUCGUGUUUGACCCUCUGGACGGUUCAUCCAACAUUGACUGCGGUGUUUCCAUUGGAACUGUGCGAUCCUUCAUCCCAUCCCCACACCUCCCACGAAAACCCACCUAGUUCUUGUGAACCCAAUUCUGUUCCUUUGACGGGUUGAUCUCUUUUCCGCAGAUAUUUGGGAUUUACAUGAUAAAAGACAAGGAUAAUGUUACUCUCGACGACGUACUACUCCCGGGAAAAGAUAUGGUAGCUGCAGGGUACUGCAUGUACGGGAGCUCUUGCAUGGUAAGUCAGAAGCCUCCCAAAUCAGUGAAAGUUCGGUCAAAUAGCUUGCUGAACUCUUCUCGCAGAUUGUGCUUAGCACGGGAAGUGGUGUCAAUGGCUUCACGUUGGAUCCGUCUCUUGGGGAGUUCAUUCUGACGCAUCCGGACAUUAAGGUUUAUUGACUACUCCAUGCUCUCUCUGUAGACCCACCACGCCUUUGAAGUGCUGUUCGAAUUUCUUCAGCUUCAUUUUUCUGGCCAGUUCCAAUAUCACCGCUUGUUUAACCUUCACGGGUUUCAUGACUGAGCUUGUGUUAUCUGUGGUCUCCUGUAUGUAGAUCCCAACGAAGGGAAAAAUCUACUCGGUGAACGAAGGGAAUGCCAAGAACUGGGACGGCCCGACGGCAGAGUACGUGGUGAUUGACGUAGUGAUUUAAUUCUCAGUGAUCAAUCUUCUUCACUCUUCCUUGACCGCAUGCAAUCUCACAGGUAUGUGAACAAAUGCAAGUUCCCUGAGGAUGGUUCAUCUCCAAAGUCACUUCGUUAUGUGGGAAGGUACAAUUGAUGAUUCCCACCCCUCCUCUCUCUCUCUCUCUCUCUCUCUCUCUACAUGUUCAUAUAUAUGACAUGAAAAGAGAAGAGAAGGUUGCUUCAUAACAACGCACUUUCCCCGCAAGCUUUGUUGGGAAUCUGAAGAAAUCAUCUGGAAUUUCAUGUUCAUCGUUCGAGAAAGAAAAGGCCAAUCACUUAGAGACUGAUUUGAUUCUAAUGAGAUAACUUGUUGCCAAUGUUAUAUUUUCUCAUGUCGACCAACAUCAUCCUGGGUGCCUGCCCUACAGUAUGGUUGCUGACGUUCACCGAACGCUGCUUUAUGGAGGCAUCUUCCUUUACCCUGGGGAUAAGAAGAGCCCAACUGGAAAACUACGGUAAUAUAACAACUCUCUCUCUCUCUCUCUCUCUCUCACACACUCUCAUUGGUUUACGCAAUGAACAUACUUAAACCCUUGGGUGUUGAUGAAACCAUGCGAGACAGUGUCCUUUAUGAGGUCUUCCCCAUGUCAUUCCUGAUGGAGCAGGCUGGAGGCCAAGCUUUCACCGGAAAACAACGGGUAGGGGAAUCAGGGGCCUCUGCCCAUCCUAACCCACUGAAAAUCUUUGCUUUCCUUUUUUUUUUUUUUCCAAUUUCUGAUCAAUCCCCUGCGUUUUCAGGCACUCGACUUGGUCCCCAAGAAGAUCCACGAAAGGUCGCCCAUUUUCCUGGGCAGCUACGAUGAUGUCGAGGAAAUCAAAGCUCUCUAUGCUUCUGAGGAGGCCAAGGCGUAG